ACUAACUUAUAAACUGAUUUCAAUCCACUUUUGAGUGAAAUUUUGCAAGAUAUCUGCCCAGCCCCAAGUAGAUUAAAAGUUAGGCUACAAGACAGGAUGAAAUACCAGAAAUCGAAAAUUUUUGAAAAAAUAAUCAUAUUUGGACCAGACCCUUGCCUUAAAUAAAUUGUCACACAUGACAUCAAAAAGCAAAAUUGUUCAGUACUCUGACAGUGAAACAGAUGAUGACGACAUAUAUGAUUGCAAUGAAAAAGAUCUAGGCAAAAUUCAGAGCAGAAAAAGGAAGAUUGAAUCGCAUCAAGCCUCUAGUUGUAGUGAUGAAGAUCGUGACAGCGGCAGCGAGGAAGAAAAUUUCAAGAAAAGCAACAAGGAAAAGAGGAAAAUGCUGCUUCCCAUCCCAAAUGAUGUUCUUUCAAUGUUCAAAGAUGUCGCAAGCAGUGAGGAAUCAGCUGAUGAUCACAAAGGACGGAUAAGAUCAUUUGCUCACGAAGAAGGCAACUGGGCAUCAUAUGUUUUCAUACCAGCCAAGCUAUCAAAUAGUCAAAAGGCCCUUAUCAAAUCGUUGGUUGAUAGGGCAAGGAAAACAUUUUCAAAGUUUGAACAAAUAGACAAUAAGGCCAUUCACAUAACACUUUCAAAAACAGUAUCUCUGAGACACUAUUGGAUAGAGCCAUUGGUUGACCAGCUUAAAGAUUUGCUGUCUAAUACACAAAGUUUCAGAUGUCAUCUUGACCUUGUCGAGCUGUAUACAAAUGAAGAAAAAACAAGGUCUUUUCUUGGACUGAGGAUUAUUCUUGGAGAGGAAAAGCUUAAAGCGCUCACAGAAAAAGUUGACCAGGUCUUGGAGAAGUUUGGAUUACCAAAAUACUAUGAGAACCCUUCAUUUCAUAUAAGUUUUGCAUGGCAUCUUGGUGACGUAACAAACACUGUACCUCCAACAUUUACAGAAGAUUUGCAGAACCUGGUGGAUUCAUUUGAUGCUGAAUGGAGUGAAGAUGAAAACUAUAUGAAUUUUAGAACAUUGAAUGUCGACAACAUUUGUUUAAAAACUGGCAAUAAAGUUUACUACAUUAAAAGAUAGCGUAUUCGAACUGUAAAUCAGAGACGAGAUAUUUUCAUAAGGACAGAAUUGAUGCUAAUCACUACUCCAGCAGAGCAGCCAAGGCCCUGUUCUCACUACAAAAUGCCUUCUGCUCGCAUUGUUGUGUUUUGAAUUUUUGUUUUAUGUUUUCAUUUCACUCCAUGUUUUCAACUCUUGGAACCGUGAUAGCUAAAACCAUUGCUUACAAGGCGUAGAUCAUUAUUCUUGGCAGGCCCUUUAGAUUCUUAAACAGUUUUUGUUUAAGAAUCUAAGCAAGUUUUAGUAAUGCUUCAUCCACUGAAUUGAUUUUAGCUUCGGUCUCAAAUCAAAAGAUUUAUUUUAAAAUACCUUUCUUUUUAUGAUUUUUUACUAAUUAACUUUUUAACUAGUUUUUACUAAUAAAGAGCCAAUUGCCUUCUCUCGGAAUAACACAUGGUAUUUAGUUUGACCUAUGAAAUAUCUAUGCAGUAUCUUAGACUGUGAUAUUGUCCUUAUAGUAAUGCCAUUUUAAAAU